AUGCGUCUGUCACUCGCUCUGUCUGUUCUGCCUAUGGCACUCUCCGUCUCUGCUCUCAAGGUCACUGAGCCUGAGCAGGGUGCCAUGGUUGACACCUCCGACUCUCUGACUGUCAAGUGGACUUCCGUCAACACCGACGCCUCCAGCGUCAACAUCUACAUCUCCAACAACGCCGUCUACCCUCCCGUCCACAAGAAGGUUGCCUCCGACGUCCAGACCUCCGAGGGCUCCUACACCAUCAAGAGCCUCUCCGACGUCACCAACGGCAAGGGCUACCAGGUUAACCUGGAGUCGACCUCCGAGGAAAACACCGGCAUCCUCGCCCAAUCCAACCAGUUCAACGUGACUGAGUCUGCCUCAAGCUCUUCCUCUUCUACUGGUGCAUCCUCCUCCACCUCCAGUGCUGCCACCUCUGGAACUUCUUCCAGCGCAAGCAGCACUGACUCUUCCUCUGCUGUGUCCACAACUCACACUUCCGCUACAGGAACCUCCACCUCCACCUCUACCAAGUCCGGCUCCACCACCACCGCCACCGACGCUUCCACCACUGCCUCCGGCACCUCCACCGCCUCUGGCAUGACCACCGCUGCGUCAGGCACUGCUAGCGGCACUGCUGCCGCCUCUGCUACCCCCUCCACCGGUGCUGGUGUCGCUCUCGGCGCUGCCCCCGUUGCUGCCGGUAUCUUGGCUGGUGUGCUUGCUCUCGGUCUGUAA